AUGAAGAAGAAGAAGAAGGGGAGGAAGCAGGAGAAUAAGAAGGAUAAUAAGAGGAAGAGGCCUGGAGUCGAGCUCGGGUGGCACUGGUCAGUGAAACGAAGAAAAAGGUCAUCUGAGGACGAGGAUGCUGCUGGUCAGUCGAGCCGUGAUCUCUCCAAGACAAAAAGAAGAAAGAAGAAGAAGAAGAAGAAGAAGAAGAAGAAGAAAAAGACGGAGAUGGUCUACGGCGUGUCCCCAUUUAUAUAG